AACGAGCACGAUGGCACUUUUUUGUAUGUGUUGGCGAUGAACUAGAUGCAGUGGAACAACCCUCUUCAGUCUCCUUGGUGCUGGGAUGUAAACACGUCCGGUUGUGAAGUCAAGGAAGGAAGGAGAUUGUCACCAAUUCAUAUCCCUCCUACCCAUCCAUUGAGCAUGGGCCAUGGUGCUAUCUACCGAAGACGACAAAUGGACCAGAGGAGAUAGCGUGGUUUAGAUGAUAACAUAUCUACAGCAUAUAAAAAAGAGACGAAUGUCCCUCUUCCCUCCAGUUACUCCAUCCGCUUUUUUCUUCAUUCCUAUUCAUUCCUUUUCUCAUUCCUUUUUUCUUCCGUUCAUUCCCCAAGUUAUUCGCACACGCCAUGACCGCGUCUGAUAAAACUGCCAUUAAAUUCACGGCUGUCAACAAAUCUGGCCUCCAGGAACAUGACGGCACUGGUGUCAUUCAACUCGAUCCUUGGCUAGAGCCAUAUUCGGAGGGGUUGAGAAAGAGAUACGCCCUCUAUAAGAACUGGAAGGACAAGAUCGACCAGGCCGGCGGGUACGAAAAGUUCAGCAGGGGUUAUGAGAACCUCGGAUUUACCAUCUCAAAGAAGGGAAUCACUUACCGCGAAUGGGCGCCGAAUGCUGUGGAAGCCUUCCUCUUUGGCGACUUUAAUGGUUGGAACAACUCAAGCCAUCCUAUGAAGAGGAACGAGUUUGGUGUGUAUGAAAUCUUCUUGCCCAACAAGGCCGACGGAUCGCCUGCGAUCAAGCACAAUUCCAAAGUCAAGAUUACCAUGAUCAAGCCCGACGGAACACGCAUCGAUCGUCUCCCGGUCUGGAUCCAGCGUGUCACGCAGGAUCUGAGUGUGUCCCCGACAUAUGACGCCGUUUUCUGGAACCCACCCAAAAAGUAUCAAUGGAAGAACAAGUCUCCACCCAAGCCCACCAGCCUCAAGGUCUAUGAAGCGCAUGUGGGAAUUGCCACGCCAGAGGGUCGUGUUGGCCAAUUCACGGAGUUCACGGCCAAUGUCCUCCCGAGGAUCAAGAAACUGGGCUACAACACGAUCCAGUUGAUGGCCAUUAUGGAGCAUGCCUACUAUGCCUCCUUUGGCUACCAGGUCACCAGCUUCUUUGCCGCCAGCAGCCGCUAUGGUACCCCGGAGGAAUUGAUGGAGCUGAUCGAUACAGCUCACGGUAUGGGCAUCACUGUGCUUCUUGAUGUCGUGCAUUCCCACGCCUGCAAGAAUGUGCUGGAUGGUCUCAAUAACUUUGAUGGAAGCGACCAUCAGUAUUUCCACGAGGGCGCUCGUGGUCGACACGAGCUUUGGGACUCGCGUCUGUUCAACUAUAACAGCUACGAGACCAUGCGAUUCCUCCUGAGCAACUUGAGAUUCUACAUGGAGAAGUACCACUUUGAUGGAUUCCGAUUUGAUGGUGUGACUAGUAUGAUGUAUCUACACCAUGGCAUCGGCUAUGGGUUCUCGGGCAAUUACCAUGAGUACUUUGGAGAUACGGUUGAUCUGGAGGCGGUGGUUUAUUUGAUGCUGGCGAACGACAUGCUGCAUACGUUGUACCCGCAAUGCAUUACGAUCGCAGAGGAUGUCUCUGGCAUGCCAACACUGUGCAGGCCUGUGUCAGAGGGAGGUGUCGGCUUUGACUACCGCCUGUCGAUGGCCGUGCCCGACAUGUGGAUCAAAUUACUCAAAGAAAAAUCGGACGAUGAGUGGGAUAUCGGCAACAUUGCAUUUACGCUGACAAACAGAAGAUACAAGGAACCCUCGAUUGCAUACUGCGAGUCCCACGACCAGGCAUUGGUCGGUGACAAGACGAUCGCAUUCUGGCUUAUGGAUAAGGAGAUGUACACGCACAUGAGUGUCCUGACGGAGCUCACGCCCGUCAUCGACCGAGGAAUUGCACUGCACAAGAUGAUCAGACUGGUGACGCACGCGCUUGGUGGAGAGGGGUACUUGACGUUCAUUGGCAACGAAUUCGGACACCCUGAAUGGUUGGAUUUCCCACGUGCGGGCAACAACUCUUCGUUCCAUUAUGCUCGUCGACAAUGGAACGUUGUGGACGACCAGCUGCUGCGUUACAAGUUCUUGAACGAGUUUGAUGCCGCCAUGAACAGCGCCGAGGCUAAGAUCGGCUGGUUGAGUGCACCCCAGGCAUACGUGUCGCUCAAGCACGAGGGUGACAAGGUGCUGGCGUUCGAUCGGGCGGGUGCGGUCUUCAUCUUCAACUUCCACCCCACAAAGUCGUUCACGGACUACAGGAUCGGUGUUCCGAAUGCGGGCGAGUACAGGAUUGCGCUCAACACGGACGAGUCCCGCUUCGGUGGUCAUGACCGCGUCAAAAAUACCAGCCAAUUCUUUUCGACACCGGAGCCUUGGGGCAACAGGGACAAUUAUAUCCAGGUAUAUAUCCCAUGCCGCACAGCGUUGGUGCUUGUCAAGAAGUAGAGGGAGUGUUGGAUGUAGGGAGAAAGCGAAGUCAGGAGAACCACAAAUAUUCUGGGCGGCCUAGUGGUACGCCAAUAAAAAUAAAAAAUGAGAUGAAAUAAAAGGGAUCCGUAAAAUGGUGG